UUUGUUUUGCUCGCCGGAGCUCGAUAAAAACAGAGAGAGGUAGAGGAAGGCAGGAAGGAAGCGACGACAUUAAAGCAGCUCUAAGCGCUGCCUCAGCCAGCAGGACAGCAGCCGCUUACACUUUCUCAACGUCGCGCUUUCUUUCUUCUUAUUUUAUAUUUUUUAGGGUUUCUCGUGUUGAACGCGGCCUCUCCGUUUUUUUUUUUAACGCUGCCAGCUGACUUUGACGCAAUAUGUCUUCAGAGAAAACCUUCAAACAAAGAAGGACCUUCGAGCAGCGAGUAGAAGAUGUCAGACUGAUCCAGGAUCAGCACCCCAACAAGAUUCCUGUCAUCAUUGAGAGAUACAAAGGAGAAAAGCAGCUGCCCAUCUUGGAUAAAACCAAGUUCCUGGUACCAGACCACGUCAACAUGAGCGAGCUCAUCAAGAUCAUCAGGAGGCGCCUCCAGCUCAACUCCAACCAGGCGUUCUUCCUGCUGGUUAACGGCCACAGCAUGGUGUCUGUGUCGGCGCCCAUCUCAGAGGUGUACGAGCGCGAGAAGGACCAGGACGGCUUCCUCUACAUGGUCUACGCCUCCCAGGAGACGUUCGGUCACCACAGCUCGGGCCUCCUGCGCCUGCCUGUGCCCUUACCUCCAGUGUUGUAGCUCCGCGGCGCCUCGGCUGUAUCCAUGUUCCUGUCUGUGUAUAUAUACGUUUCAGGUAGUGAUGCUCCACUACUUCUCUACGGAUCCAUUUAUAUAAAUAUUCCUAUUAAACAGUUAUUAAACCCAACUUUAGGGUUGGAGCUUAAAUAGGAAAAGGGCGACUGGGUUCUGGUUCAGUUUUUAUGCCGGUUUUUAUUGAACGUUUUUGGAUUUUCUUUUUUUUCUUUUUUUUUUUUUUGAAACCCUGAAACUAAAUAGAGUAGAUCUUUAAUGUCCGCUGCUUUCACAUUCCCACCACGGUCCUGUUUGGGUGUCUUUUAUUGCUGUCCCUUCCUGCCUCGUAGCCUGAAGCAUCUCCGCCGUAACCGAGAUGAUGGGAAACCGCUUCGCUCUUAGAACAGAUGAUUGUAAGCUUGCAUAGCGUACGCACGGAAAUGUAAGAACAAACGGCCCGCAGAUGUUGUGAGGCGUCGCGGGGAGUGUCACCAAGUUGAGUUUUGGACGCACUACAGGGAGCUGAUUGCAUGUGUGAAUGGAGGACGAUGGUGUUUCCAUGAAGGAGGGGGGGGGGUGUCGCGUCCUUGUCUUCCUCGUUUCAUUCCUUCAGAGAAAUUCCCAACAGAGGUUGAGUUCAGAGCGUUGUGAGCGUGGGAAUCGUACGCCUCCUGUGUGGGUUUAUUUUAAAGGGCUGAGCUCUGGAGCCCCCCCCCACCCUCCUCUUCAUCUUCAUAGCUGCUUUAUACUGACAUGUUAUUGUUGUUUUGGUUUGUUUUAUUUAAUGUGAUUUUAUUCCAUGGUUUUGACUGUCAGCAGUGUGUGAGGGCGACCUGUCGGCGUGUUUGUUACAGAGGGGCGGCGCAGUCGUUAAAUCGCCGCUCUGCUUCCCUCACGCACGUCCAGCAACGUCACACAGCGUCCUUUAUGUAUUUAUGUUGGUAUAUUGUAAACAAUAAUAAAAAGAGGAAAAAUUAUA